AUCAAACAUUCGACACUGAACGGAGUAUGAGAUCAACCCCUUUGCUUCCCUACGUUUCACAUCAUAAACAACAUUGAAUUGUCUAAGCUACGAGGCAAUAACAACAAACACAACAGCCACGCUUCCUGGGAACUGCCGCCGACGACCCUGUUCACCGCGCAAUUUUGCUCGAGUCUUUUCAGCUGUUUCGGCCCCAGAAGUUUCUCCGUAACCCAACUAACGAACCAAAGAUCGAGAAACAUAGACCCAAAAACAGAGAGACAAGGCUGAGCGACGGCUGAGGCCCUGCGGAGCGUUGAGCUCACGCACGACAAAAAGCCGAAAUGCCAAAAUCUGUUGGGUGUGCUCCAACUCACUCUUCAGUCAACAUGUUGGUGCAGGAGAUGGUGCUAGACAACGACUCAAAUCAGUCACGCGACAUCUAUGAGCGGCAUUUUGUACCCAUGUCAAAGAAUCCCCGAUCAGACGUCUCAUUCCCUCUCGCUGCGCCUCGAAAACGUGCCCCUUCGAUGGCAUCGAUUGUAGACUUGGGAGAGAAAGACGGACAGUCCAUGGGGGUGUUGACAAUCAGAGCAACAGACUCGCCAGUACCAGAACGUAUGGACACCAGGCAAGAACGGGACGAUAAUAUCCAGGACAAGAAUGAAGGGUCACACCCGUCACUGCACAACCUUCCCUUGGAAGUUCAGGGCAAGAUCCUCGACUUCAUAUUCGGGGAUAUGCAUUCGGUCCAUGCUGGGUCAACAUCCCUACGAGGCAAGAAUGUGUCUUCUCUGAUGCGCCAUCCAAGGAGAAAAGCAGUCUCAGACUUCGCCCUGGUGUCUCCAACAUGGCGGGAAUUGGUGCAGGAACGAAUAUACCGGCAUAUCAAAAUCAAGGGGACAAGAGCGGGACUAGAUGAAUCGCAGGAGUUCUUCUUGGAACAUAUGCACCUGACCAAGUAUGUUCGACAUAUCGAGUUCUGGGUGCCCGUCUGGGGCGACAAGGCUUCACUUGACCACCGCAUAUACAACCCUCUGAAUCCUCUCGGCACAGAUCGCAAUACCAAUUUACAUCUCGCAAAUCAUGCGCAUGAGAACCUCCUUCCCGUGAACGACUUUAUCGGUUACAGUUUUAAACUGUGUGCGGCCUCGGCAACCCUGUCCCAAAUGUUCAGCCUCGUCAAUUGUUUCUUCUCUAAUGCUCGAGUCUUCACACUCGAAGGAGGUCACUGCAAGAAGUCUAACAUGAUUCGUCAUUUUCCCCAAACGCUGUUCCCCGAUCCCAAUCAACGUCUGGAAGAGCUGCCGAAUAUUCGAACAUUCGCAAUGCGCGGAGCCUGGAAUAUCAUGCGCAGUUAUCCACAUUGGAAGACAAUCGAAGCUGCAUUACCGAAUGUCGAGGAGUGGCACUGUAGCUAUGCUAAACCCCGGACUGAAGCAGACUCGACUAUCGAUGCUAUUCUACUUAAUCUUCCUCGCCAGUAUAGACACCUCAACAUCUCCCUUGACGGCAUGUAUAGCAAAGACCCAACAACGCUCGGCUCGAGUCAUAAUCAUGGCCAGUCACAUCUAUGCGAGCGCCUGGGGAAUGUUCUGCCCCAACUUGAGUCAUUGUCAUACACGGGCAAGGUCUGCGAAUGUCUGUGGAGCAGUGCGUUCUCAGCACUCUCAGAGAACAAGGCAGAAGCCCGACUCAAGGCGUUAGAGAUCGUGGUCAAGUCUUGUUGUCGGCAACGCUUUCCAGACAUGGACCCGGAGACCGGCGAAACCAUCUAUCAUGAAGCAGGCGGCGCAGGAAUCACGAAUCUCGUCUUUAUCCGCUCGUUUGAACGUUUGGUCAUGAACACUGUUGAGGCACUGCCUUUGUUCCCGCACCUCGAAUACGUGCGUAUACGUUUUAUCGACCUCGACUCGCCAUGUACCUUGCUGAAUCCCUACUGGCAACUUGAGGAUGGGAAAGUAUCUGGCAUCUGGAACGAGCAGAUUGUAGAGAGACUGGCUGAACUGCGUCCAGACAUUGGGUAUAUCGAGUUGAGCGAUGGAAUUGAGCCGGCUGGUUGGCAUAAGAGACCGAGCUUGCCUACAGUAACGGGUACUGGGGGUCGGCACUUCCACGACGCACCGACCAGCCCAGUAAGUGUCACUGACACCAUCGUUGGGUCCGUCUGCAGUUUGUAUCCAAAGACCAAGCCAAAAAGUAUCAAAACUAGUAGUUACAAACUCGUCGCUGAGUCGAGGGGAAGCUGACUUGAAGAUUGGAGAGAAGUGCCGUUAGGUGUCUGGGAUGGUGACGAAGAAAGAGCAUUCACGGACAUUGACUUUGAGGAGUUCUGGGAGGAAUAAGCUGUUUUGAUGAAAGCCCAUGACGAGCGGUAUGUUGUGAUUGAUCUCGGGUAUGGCAUUGUGCGUGGCGUUUUUGGGCAUCAUAUGGGAAUUGAUUGCGAGAACUCGUGUACGUCACACGACACCUUCUUUGCACUGGUUGAAUGAAAUUUUCUGUGUCAUAUUGGAUGGCAGACAUGGCGCUUUAUGUGUAGGACUUUUACUUGACGGAUGUAAUAGGCAUCUCACCGAGCUUGGAUUCUGGAGCCCAGGCGCUCAUGGUGGCUCAGGUAAUCACACUGUACGUAUUUGGACAACUGGUGACGACUUGUCCCAAAGGGCUGCGAAACAUUGGACCUGGACCCAACUGUGGCUCUCGGGCCGUAUUGGUAGCAUUCAAUAUCUGUUGACUCAGAAGCAAAGACCAGAUGGGGAUGACGGCUUUUCAAUCCAUGCGGGUCGAAUACAUUAUACAAAGAGAGUGGACUGUUUUAGCUUAUAGCAAUUAUGGAGCAGGUUGUGACACCGGAUCAGGAGAAACAUCGCGAAAUACCCUUCCAACGCAGGAUAGAGAUUUAAAU